AUGCUCGGCCGUAUCGCUCUCCGCAAGUCAGCAGCCAUCAGUGCGUCCUCUAAACUGACGUGUACCCACCUGCUCCGUGCCGCGACUUUGCACACCACUGGCGUGGUGGCCCAGAAGGACAAAGACGCGUCGGAAGCAGUCGCGGUCCCGACGCAAGGGCUGCUGGACCAAGCUGGACUCACGGACUGGAAGAUCUCGGCUCCGAUCAUUGGCGCGCUGGCGAUUCCUGCGAUUUCUAACCACUUUUACGUGCUGAACGAAGAGUCGCAGCUCGCGUGCUGCUUUCUGCUCUUUUGCUCGGCUAGCUACAAGUUUGGCGGGGAGAUGAUUGCCUCGUACUUUGACGACCGUGCUGCUGCGAUUCUUGGGGAACACAAUGCUGUCGAGGAUGCCAACUUGGAUCUGGCCAAGGCGACACUUGAGACGCACAUGUCCAUGCUCGAUAUCCAUGAGGACAUUGCUGCUGUGGCAGCUGCCCACAAGGAAGCCGUCGCGCUGCUGUGCGACGUGCAGGCCUACAAGUUGCGACACAAGACGCGCGAGACGUUUGUGAAGAACCUUGAGUCGAUUCGUGAGAUUGAGGCCAGCUACCAGCUCGAGCUUCAGAAGAGCAUGGUAGCGAACGCUACUAGCAAAGUGCGUAGUGUCGUUCAGAAGGGCGACAAGAAGCUGAAGGACGCUGCUUUCAAGCACGCCGUGGACAUCCUGGCUAAUGUUGACGUGGACGACAAGAAGGAGGACGACGUGGCUGCUCUCUUCACCAAGGAGCUGCGCGCCUACGCCACGGACCUUGAGGCCAAGCAAGGGCAGGUGGUUAGUCUCACGGAUGCCGAGCAGAGCGAGCUGCAGGCCGAUCUGGACGCCUACAUGCACCGUUUCGGCCUCGAGGACGCCGACUUUAAGGCCCCUAAGGAGAUCAAGCUCGAGCUCAUGUAA